AUGUUGUCUUCGUUCAAGGCAUCUCCCACGUUCUCGAUUGAAAGCAGACGCCUCCAAAUCUCCUACUUUUUACAUGACUCCCCCGAGCACUGUCUUUUCCUGGUAAAACUAUGGAACACCAAUGAGUUUAUGAAAACAUGCCGCCGCACCGUCUCGUCAAAGCCGCAUGAGUGCGCAUCUUUGGCUGAAAGCACCUCUAUCGGCUCCGUGUCAUUGAUGCAAGGCAAGCCAUCAAAUGAUUACCUGGUGCCUGACAUUGGAUAUGCCUUUCUGCCUGAAGAGGCUGGAAAGGGGUAUGCCACCGAAGCUGCACUUGCGUUGCUGGAGUAUGCGAAGAGGAAACUGGGAGUUGAUUCGGUAUUUGGAUUAUGUGGCAAAGAUGAUAGUCACAGUGCGAGAUUGUUGGAGAAGAUUGGGCUCGAGUUUCGAGGACAGAAGAAAUUGAAAGUUUUUGGAGGGAAGGAGAGUGCUGUUUUUGCGCUUCCUAUAAUGAGCCAGGAUCUGACGUUGUACGGGUUAGACGAUUGA